AGCUCAGCAACAAAGGAAAGGCUCUCGCGGAUAGAGAUGCUGCUCUUGCGGCAAAGGAGGCUGCGGUGGCAGAGAAAGAGGCCGCCAUGAAGGAAAAGGAGGCAUUGCUCGAGCAAGAGCGGGCUGCUCGAGUCGGAGCAGAAAAGGCUCAAGCUGAAGCGGAACAGGCUCAAGCUGAGGUGGAAAAGGCUCGAGCCGAGGCAGAGAAAGCUCGGGCUGAGCUAGAGUCCACC